AUGGGUGGGAAAAGUUCAGCCCCUGUGGUGAGCAGUGAACGUGAACAGAAGUCUGCCAAGGAAGAAGGAAACCUUUCAGGUCUAACUGCAUCUGAAAAAACCACACUUGACAUUGCCAUCACAGGGAUAUCAGGUGCUGGCAAAUCGUCCCUUGUCAAUGCUCUGCGGGGUCUAUCAGAUUUUGAUGAGGAGGCAGCCAAAACUGAUGUGAUAGAAGGAACAACCAAGUCAAUGGGUUACCCACAUCCCACCUUUCCAGAUGUCACAAUAUGGGACCUACCAGGAAUUGGGACGCCUAAUUUUAAAGCCAAGGAAUACCUUGACAGGGUAAAUUACAGCCAAUAUGAUUUCUUCAUAAUCGCAGCUUCGAAUCGUUUCACUGACUAUGACAUCCAGCUGUCCCAGGCAAUUCAGAAAAUGAAGAAGCGGUUCUGCUACGUGUGGUCCAAAAUGGACAUCAGCAUUAAGAAUGAAAAACUCAAUCCUGACUUCAAUGAGGAAACAACCCUUCAACAAGUCAGGAAAUAUUGUUUUGAUUAUUUGGUGGAGGCUGGUAUUUCUUCUCCACAGAUUUUCCUCGUCUCCAGUUGGUAUCGGGAAAACUACGACUUCCCCCUCCUGCAAAGGACCUUAGAGAAUGAAAUCGAGACUCUGAAGAGACUUACCUUAAGACCAGCUGACAAAUCAACCAAACCAUCCAAAGGAAGUAGAUUCCUUUCCAUGUUCUUUAAAAAAAUCUUUCAAAUUGACAUUGAAAAGCUGAGUGAAGCUCUGAUGCAUGGAAAUCUUGAGGAGGUGGCUGAGGAAAUUCGUCAAGAAUUGGAUGCAUUUCAAAAUGCCAAGCUUGACAUUGCCAUCACAGGAGUGUCGGGUGCUGGCAAAUCAUCCCUUGUCAAUGCACUGAGGGGCAUGACCGAUUAUGAAGAAGGCACAGCUAAAGUUGGAAUAAUGCAAACAACUAUGGAGUGUCACGCCUAUCCACAUCCCUUAUUUCCAAAUGUCACCAUAUGGGAUCUACCAGGAAUUGGCACACCUGAAUUUAGACAAAAGGAUUACCUAAAGAAGGUCUGUUUUAGCCGGUAUGACUUCUUCAUGAUUGUCGGCUCAGAACGUUUCACUGAGAAUGAUGUCCUCCUGGCCCAGGAAAUUAAGAAAAUGAAGAAGAAAUUUUACUUUGUGCGCUCCAAAAUGGAUGUCAGUAUGGCUGCUGAAAGUAGGGACCCAAACUUCGAAAUGGAGAAAUCCCUUGAGAAGAUACGAAAAAAUUGUUGUCAUGAACUGACAGAGGCAGGAGAAUCCAAUCCAAGCGUUUUCCUCAUCUCCGUGCGAGAUCUGAAUAUGUAUGAUUUCCCAGAUCUGCAAGAAACCUUGGAGAAUGACCUGGAUGAUCUCAAGAGACAUGCCUUAAUUCUGGCUAUGCCACUUUUCUCAAGAGGAAUCCUCAAAAAGAAAAAGGCUGCUAUGGAGGCCCUUAUAUGGAAACUUGCUUUUGUAUCCUGUGUUAUUGGAGCGAUUCCUGUCCCAGGACUUUCUUUGGUUUGUGAUCUUGGCAUCUUGGUAGCAGCGCUCAUCCAUUUCUAUGAAGUCUUUGGCUUGGAUGAAAAGUCUCUCCACAGAGCUGCAAAAGUGUUUGGCAAAAAUUACCAAGUGCUGAAAUCUGCUAUGAAAAGGACUCCAAUGUCCAGCGAGAUUACACCCCAAUUUGUAGCUGACCACUUGGCCCAGUCAUUGCUUUGUGUAAGCCUGGCGUUAGUAGAACUGGCCUUGGGUUUCAUACCAAUAUUGGGCUCUCUGACUGGAGGAGCUAUUUCCUUCGUCACCACUUUCUACAUGCUGAGGUGCUUCCUGAAGGACAUUGUGGAAGAUGCGGAGAACGUUUGGACAAAAGCUACUGAGCCUUGA